UCUAUUCAUUUCCCAACUAAAUCUAAUCACAAACCAAAAGAACAAGAAGUGAUGGAAGGAGUUGAAUUCCCUGUAAUUCCUACACAUUCUGGCAAAUUUCUGCAAUUCAACAUCUUUGGCAAUCACUUUGAGAUUACUUCCAAAUAUAAACUUCCAAUCAUGCCUAUUGGCAGAGGAGCUUAUGGAAUUGUCUGCUCAGUGAUGAACACUGAGUCUGGGGAAAUGGUUGCCAUGAAAAAGAUAGCCAAUGCUUUUGAUAAUCACUUGGAUGCCAAGCGUACACUUAGAGAAAUCAAACUCAUGAAACAUUUGGACCAUGAGAAUGUAAUUGCAAUUAAAGAUGUUGUACCACCUCCAAGCUUUCAAUCUUUCAGUGAUGUUUAUAUUGCAACUGAACUCAUGGACACUGAUCUUCAUAAUGUUCUCAGAUCCAAUCAAGACCUUUCAGAAGAACACUGUCAGUAUUUCUUGUAUCAGAUACUUCGAGGAUUGAAAUAUAUACACUCAGCAAAAGUUAUUCACAGAGAUUUAAAACCAAGCAAUCUUUUACUGAACUCAAACUGUGAUCUUAAAAUAUGCGAUUUCGGUCUCGCAAGACCGACAUCUGAGAGUGAUGUUAUGACUGAAUAUGUUGUAACUAGAUGGUACCGAGCACCGGAAUUACUGCUGAAUUCUACUGAUUACACUGCAGCAAUUGAUGUUUGGUCUGUUGGAUGUAUCUUCAUGGAAUUGAUGAACAGACAUCCAUUGUUUCCUGGCAGAGAUCAUAUGCAUCAAAUGCGCUUAAUUACUGAGCUUGUUGGCACACCAAAUGAAUCAGAACUUGGAUUUGUUCGCAAUGAAGAAGCUCGAAAAUAUGUUCGACAUCUGCCUCGCUUUGCUCGGCAGUCAUUCGCAAGUCUUUAUCCUCAUGUUCAUCCAUCUGCUAUUGAUCUUGUGGAAAAGAUGCUCACUUUUAAUCCUCUCCAAAGAAUUACAGUUGAAGAAGCACUUGCACAUCCAUACCUUGCAAAAUUACAUGACAUUGCUGAUGAGCCAAUUUGCAUGGAUCCUUUUUCCUUUGAUUUUGAGCAGCAACCAUUGAAUGAAGAACAAAUGAAGGAGUUGAUAUACAAGGAAUCCUUAUUCUUCAAUCCUCAUCAUGCUCAAUAAAUUUAACCAUUUGAUCCUUUUCCUUUUUUUUCUUUGUUUAUGAUUUCUGGUGAAUAACUCUGUACUUCUUUACCUGAAAUCCUACCAAAUUUUUAUUUAUUUA